AUGAUCUCCACCGCUCUCUUCUCCGCCCUCGCGGCCCUCGCUCUCGCCAGCACCGCCCAGGCGGCCGACGGCUCCUUCGUCAUCGGCGAGUCGGGUAUCCUCACCGUCUCGCGCAUGGACCCCAUCACGGGCAACGGCAACCCGUCUGCCUUUGUCAACCAGGCGCUGGGUGCCUCCAACUUCAGGAACUACCUCAACUACCCCACCGAGAUCGGCGCAGCCCAGUGCUCGUCCAACAAGGUCGCCGACGACAAGUCGAGCUACUUCUCGCCCAUCCUCUACUUUGUCAACCAGGCCUCCGGCGGCCAGCCCGAGACCUACACGCCUCUGGUGGCCAGCAACCGCAUCACCUACAGCUACAAGGACGACGGCAAGAAGACAUACACGUACCCUCGCGGUCUCCGCGUCGUCUCCGGCAACCCCACCGUGCGCGAGACUUCGGACCGCACCGCCGGCGUGACCCUCAACACCAACCCCGCGGCGGCGGCCGACUACAUCACCGCCACGACAUGGUUCCCCAACUGCGGCCUUGCGACCCAGGCGCUCGACUCGGCCGACCACUUCUCGCACCUCGCCUGGCCCACCGAGGGCCCCGGCGGCGCCACCUGCCCCUCGUCCCACCCCGUCCGCUACCCCGCCAUCAAGUGGGAGGCCAACUUCUACCUCUCGGCUGCGCAGAAGGCCGCCUGGGACACGACCCGCGCCAACAUCAUCCUCUCCAACGGCGACGUCACCGGCCAGACCUGGCACGCGUCCUUCGUCGCAGGCUGGAAGGAGGACACCUUCCAGAACGUCCUCGACAACUGCAAGGCCGACAUCGGCGACAACCUCGCUCAGUGCUCCUACCUCGCCGCUACUCUCCAGGGUGCCGCGAAGGACGACUGCCGUCUCCAGGGCCAGAUCCCCGACGAGGACGUCGGCUUCAACAAGCCCCUGACCGCUCUCAAGGGCUACAACCCCCGCUGGGAGGCCUCUGGCGGCAACACGCACGCUACUGGCUCGGUCACCAUCCCCGGCUGGGUCUCGCCCUUCCUCCAGCUCUGGGUUCGCCAGGGCCUCCCCGGCGCUUCGUACAUCCCCGCUGUCUUCCCCGGCCUUCCCAACACUCUCACCACCACUGCUGCCAUCGCUGCCGUGUCUACCACUUUCCCUGGCACCAAGGUUACCAAGUGGGCCAAGAAGCAGGACGGCUCGGUCUACCUCGGCUCGGUCGUCGGUGACCAGCAGGAGACCAACGACAACACUGUUCAGAACAGCGACAACAGCCAGUACUUUGCCGCUGGCGCCAUGAACUUGGAUGCCUUCAACUCGGUCAUCCUCCCUGCUACUCCCAUCAACCUCAGGCGCGGAGCAUACGGCCGCGGUGUCUAA